AUGUCGACCCCUCCGCCCGGCCCCAAGGCCUUCUCACCGGAAUCAUCCAUCUCGGCAUCCAAUUCACUGCUUGAUCUCCUCGCUGGUGCUCCUGGUCGCAUCGUCUCCCCAACAGCGUCAAAGUCCCAAACAGCUCCUCUCGCUAGCUCCACUGCCGCCGAGGGGUCUCCCGCACCCAGCUUGAGCAGAACCUCAUCCGGGUCACAUGGGCGCGGAGCGCCAGGUCAGCCAGCUCCAUCAUCCAGCAUGUCAGGACCUCUGCAGCAAUACAGCUAUCACCAGGAUGUGAACUCCCUCAUGCAGCAGUUUAUGGCUCCCUCCUCUUCUCCACUCGCACCUCCCUCGGUCAGCCCGAACAACAAUAUUGAAAUCAAUGGCGCAACACAAAGCAACGUCACUGAUGAUACUAGUCGACCACAGCGCUCUCUCCUCAACAAGGCCCUGCAGCUGCCCCCGUCACCGCCAAGCUCGGUCAGCAGUGCGGUAGGCUCAAAGCUUCGCCAGCCAUCACCUGGCUCCCCCUCGCCUAUCAUCAACACUCCACCAUCGCAUGACACUGGUCUGCCUCAGCAUGAUAGUGCGGCUCACAACGUCUUGAAUGGCGAGUCCAGUACACCUGCUGCGCCUGCUGCGUCUGCACCGUCAUUCAGGACCCCUUUUGAUUUUGUCAGUCCUUUCGACAUGCUCUCGAAGCCACAAGACGAUCUCACACCGCAACCAGCCCCAGCUCAGGCACAGCCAAUUCCUGAUGAACAGCACAUCAACGGCUACAAGGCCGCCAAUGCAGGUAUCUCCAGCCUCCUCCAGAAGCUCUCUGCGUCUGCAGCAGCCAGCAAGGCAGCCCAGCUAGCCGACAAGCCAGUAGUACCAGUCGAGCAUGCCGCCUCAGCUCCUCCCACAAACGAGCAGGACAUCCGGCCACUAUCUUCUGCAAAAACUUUCAAAGACUCAGCGGCAACGUCUCCAGCCCGAGCCUACUUACGCAAACUGCCAUCUGUCCCUGCGCCCCUCGAUGCUCCGGAGAAGCAGUCCCACGCCUCUCGCCAUGCUGCUACACUCAAGCAAGACGACGCUUUCGAUGACCCAAAGUCGUCCGGCCUUUCGGUCCUCUCGCCAUCUCGCUCUUCCAGCGCUCCCAGCAUCGCCACUCUGGACCUCGCCGCCAAGCAGCCGGGCGGCCUGUCGAGUUUGGGACAUUCCAGCGUCGAGACAUCGGGCGUCGCACUCCUUCCGUCUCCUUUCCUUUUUCCAUGCAACGUCUCUGCCGCAGGCCUUCUUCCCGCGUCUCGCGUUGCCAAUCUGGGUCGCAAUGUAGCCUGCUACGCCAUGUCCAAAGGCAAAGUCAGGCUCAUCCACAUCGGCACGGGUGCUCGUCUACUCGUUCAAGCGCCAGGCAAGCCUACCGUCCGGUCGAUCGUCGCGUUCGAGUCAACCCAAGAUGAUGAGGAAUUCCUUCUCGCAGCGCUCGUUGAAAGUUCAAAGGAUGCCACGGACGAAGGCGUCGUCAUCUGGAAGGUGCCCGCCUCCUUCGUGCGACAGGGCAACCAGACUUCGGACCCUACUUUGCUCGGUCGCAUCGUGGCUGAUCCUUACAAGAGCCCCUUCGUCCACCGCUUCUCCGCCAUCGCCUGGCAUCCUUUGCAACCAACGCUGGCAAUCUCGACAAGCGACAGUAACGUCAUGAUCGUUGACGUCGCAAGCCAGUUCUUGCACAACACAGUGGCGGCAUCGUCUAUGAAAGAGUUCCGAUCGCUUUCCGAGCUUGACAUUGAUCCGAGGAGCGAAGACGUUGCCCACAAUGAACCUCUGGCUGCCUUUGCAUUCUCUCCCGACGGAUCCACGCUGGCUACAGUCUCGGCAUCUCUCGAAGGUGACGAGUCCUGGACUUUGCGUUUCAAGGCCCUCGACGGCAGCGCCCAGGACAUAAACGGCACGGCCUUCGGCAUCGAGUCACCUUCGCAGGAGCCUACGGUCAUCAGCCAUCUCUCUUUCAUCCAUGGACCGAGCGCAGGCAGCAAGGGUACUUCCCGAGACAAGGACUCCUCUGCCAUCCGAGGAGCUCUCUUUGGCUUCAGGUGCAACACCAUUCUUGCGCUGUACGAUCUUUCAUCGCGCUCGUUCAAGCACGUCUGGAAGUUCCAAGGACCUCCGCAGUCGGGCGACAAGGAGCACUUUAACCUCGUCCACCUCGACGCACACACCAGUACGCUUCUGGUCUGCAACAGCUUCCGCUCGUCUGUGUUUGCGAUUCCGCUCGAGCUUCAACCGUUGCCAGCUCAUUCGGACAAGGUUUCCGUGCCCUGGAGUAUUCAGCUGUCGUACCCCAUCGAAGAGUUCGCAUUGCAAGACCCAUGUACUUCCGUCACCAUCAGUCAAGGCAGCAGGGUGGCUGGCGAGCCUUGCAGGCUGUUCGUUGCGUUCCCCGAGGGCAUCAGCGUCGUUCAGUUGGUCAAUGCUCACAGUGCUGCACAGAACUCCGACGACAGCUUUGCCGCCGAAAGACAGAAGAAUGUCGGCCGACCUUCUACGGCUAGCGCUGAGACUGACUCGGCAACCCUGCCGGAGCCCUCGACGGAGGAGGCAUCCUCGCUUGAGUCGCAAGCCACGCCCAGCAAGUCCACAAAAAAGAAAAACAAGAAGAAGAAGGCUUCGGCAGCCAAGGCACAGGCUGAUGAUGCAGACGCUGCCAAGACGGAUGAACCGAGAACUCCACCCUUGGAGCGCAGCGGUGCGGUACUGCCCAGUGCGGUCGCUAAGCCUGCCGAACAUGUGGUUUUUAAGGAGCAGCAGGUCUCACCGCGGGAAACAGUCGCUGUGCCCGAGCCAACUUCAUCGACCAAUGUGACGUCGCAAGCUACGCUGCCGCAGCGAUCCCCUGCAAUCGGUGAGAAGCAGUCAUCUAACGAGGUCACGAUCUCGGCCGAUGAGAUCAACGCCGCUCUAUCGGACACCAUCACGAUGGCAGUGCAAGACGCCAUCUCUGCCAACAUCGCAUCCGGUUUCCAGCACUCGAUCGAAGCGGCCCUUCCACAGCAGGUCGAGCACCUCAUCGCUUCCACCGAACUCAAGGCUGAGCUCACUCGCAACAUUGCGCAGACCAUCCUACCUGCGGUUCAGCGCACCGCCAUGGAGGUGGUGAGUCGUGUCCUCGCUCCUCACUUUGAGGAUGUGAUGAUGCAGGUCACUGAUCGAGUCGAGCGCGCCAUUGUGUCCGAGAUCACCAACGUCAGGAAGACGCUGAUCGCAGAGCAGACAGAGUCGUACACCGAGACGGAGAGAGUGAUCAAGGCGAUUCAGGGACAGAUCGGCACUGUGCUGAAGCAGCUGGAAGCUUUGCAGACCCAGCCAGCAAACAAGAUCACGAUUGUCAGGGACGACGAUGCCCUCAACACGGUGGUCAAGCCAAAGUCGAACGCAUUACGCCAAAUGGUCUCGGCCGACGAGCUGUCCGAAGUCGAAGCGAAUCCCGCAGUCAAGCCUCGCAGUGUUGUUCCUGCAGCUGCUCCCGCACAGGCUACAGACAGCAAGAAUAGUAAAUCCAGCAGCGAGACGCGCAAAGACGCGAGCAUCGCGUCGCCACAGAUCCCCACCAAGUGUCGCCUCCCUGAGCGUGUAGCCGUCAUUGGCGCCGGCCCAGUCGGAUGUCUUGCCGCUUUGGCUUUUGCCCAGCGUGGCUGCAAGGUCGACAUCUACGAAUCACGACCGGAUCCUCGAACGCACGAAGCGGUGUCGCGCGCUUCCCAGCGCAGCAUCAAUCUCGCGCUCUCCACGCGCGGCAUCACCGGUCUACGCAGCGUCAGCCUCGUUGGUCUCGGCAAGUACGCAUCCACCGGCAUGGAUCUUGCUGAUCUUGUGCUGCAGGACUCGGUACCCAUGAGGGCAAGGAUGAUCCAUGUGGUAACAAAACAGGCGUCCGGCAGCAAGGACGCGGUGGUGAAAGAGCUCAGCCAGCUGUACAGCAACAAAGGCGAAAGCAUCAACUCGGUGGAUCGAGGCAGGUUGAACAACAUCUUGCUCGACCACGCCUUGAUGCAUCCCAACGUUGAGGUUCACUUUGAACACAAGCUGCAGAGUGUCGACUUUGACCACGAUACUAGAUCUGCUGCUAGGCGGGCUCAGACUCCUCCUGCCAAUGGUGUCACUGCUGCCAAUGGUGUGACUGCGAAAGAGUCGACGCGAGGUGCCAAUCUGACGGGUGGAGAGUCGUCUGCCGAUGAGUCGUCGCGUCGUGGCAAGGGCAAGCAACCUUCUGCGAAGCGUCACGGGGCCCAGCAGCUGGACGCUUCUUCUGCUGGCACUUUGCCGUCCGAACGAGUUCGACUCGAUUUCAAUGUGCACAGCAACAACCAACGCAUACCCAAGUCGUCCAACACGCGCUACGCCUCGUUCGUGGUUGGCUGCGACGGCGCACACUCUUCCAUCCGCUCGGCAAUGGGUAGCCUCAUCCGCAUGCACUACACGCACAACUACAUCGACACUGGGUAUGUCGAGCUGGCGAUCCCCGCCCGCACCUCACUGUCCUCUGGUUCGCGCAUCCGCGGAACCGGUGGAGCCGACGGCAAACCCGGUGGUCACGAUGCUUUCCACCUCGACCCUAACCAUCUCCACAUCUGGCCGCGACACUCGUUCAUGCUCAUCGCGCUGCCCAACUUGGACGGCAGUUUCACAUGUACGCUGUUUGCGCCGUUCAAGAUGUUCGCCUCGGAGCUGUCGACGAAAGAAGGCAUCGUCGCGCUGUUCAAGGAGCAUUUCCCGGAUGCGCUGCCGCUGAUUGGGGAGGACAAGCUGGUCGAGUGUCUCACGACUCGUCGAGCCAGUGCAUUGGGGAGCGUCCAGUGCGAUCCGUACCACUAUAAGGACCGUGCCGUGCUGAUCGGGGAUGCGGCGCACGCCAUGCUUCCGUUCUACGGUCAAGGCCUCAACUGCGGAUUCGAAGACGUUCGCGUCAUGUUCGACGUUAUCGACGCCAACGAGUCGCUCGAAGCGGCGCUCGACAAGUACACGACGCAACGUCAUCCCGACUUGGUAGCGAUCUUGCAGCUUGCCGAGCAGAACUACCGCGAGAUGGCGCAUGCGGUCGUCUCGUGGCCCUACCUUUUGAGGAAGAAGCUGGAUGGGCUGUUGAUGUCGGUCCUGCCGUCGAGCAUGUGGAGCAGUCUGUACGCGAUGACCACGUUUAGCAAUCUGCCGUACUCGACGGUGGUCAAGACCGAGAAGCGGCAGCAGGCGAUUGUGGGGCAUGCGGUGUUGACGGCGACGGUGGGGGUGCUGACGGGGGCGGUGGUUGGCGUGUACAGGACGAGGGGUGUUUGGCAGCCGCUGACUGAGGGCUGGAUUGAGGGCCUGCAGAAGAAGAUCUGA